AUGCUCACUGCGACAUCAAAGGCUUGCCGGCUUCCUGGGAACAUACGAUUGAAGCCGGCCCUCGCCCCAUUUGUGAGACAUUCCCGCACCUCGCCCAUUCACAGACGAGAACUAUCCUGCUCCGUCCCCCAGCUUCCGCGAGCACAACUCCUCCGUUAUGCGUUAACGGGGUCGACCGCGGCGUCAGCGGUCAAUGGGCAACUAUCUCAGCUUGAUACACAGUUAGACCAAUUAUUCUCGACGCCGCUACUACCAAAAGGCCUUGACGAAUCCUCCAAUCGAGAAAUCGGCUCCCCUUUCCGGUUCCGUGCUCAACAUGGCCAUAUCCUGUCAAGCAUCCAAUCCGAAAUCGAAACUAAGAUCACGGAUAAGAGGUCGGGAGAUGAGUUUGUAGGCUCGUUUCCUCUCUUUCGGGAGGCUUUGGGUCGGUGUGAAAAUGCAACGCAAUGGGAAGAUCUAAUUGCGACGAUUAACGGGACGUUGGCGAGGCUUCAGAAAUUGAAUGUCAUAAACACGCGGGAAUUACUUCUUUUGGGUAUGAACUACGCCGCCCAAUGCUUUUCUGUCCCCGCACUACGGCAUUAUUUCAAACGGUAUUCUGAGGGCGGAUACGAGCAUCUGAGCCCAGAGACCGCUAAUCAGCUGGUUAACAGCUUGACUAAGGGCCUAGAGAUGAGAAUUCUCGACAAUCCCAGCAUAGAUAAAAAUAAAAUGCGUCAAGUUAUCAUGGGCACCAACAGCAGCGAUUCCGGAUCCGGGGCGUUCCACUCCCUUCUCGAUAUUUCACACCCUUCGGAAAACGCCUUUCUUGGUGCGUAUGUCAACUUAUUAGGCGAUCUUGGCGAACAAAAAGGGUUGUCCGAGAUAUGGCAAGUUAUACGGGCACAGUUCGUCCGCAGCAGACAGACAACGCAUCUAAAAAAAGCAGCAGCCAAUUGUUUGCAGGCCAUGGUCAAAUCAGGAAAUCCACAGGCCGCCAUCGAAGCCGCUCGGGAUGUCUCCAGACAAGUGGAUCUAAACUCGUUUUUCCCAGUGCAUCUCUGGGGUCUCCUGAUUCAGCACGACCAAGAUGGAGUACUUUGUGGACUACCUAUCGACAAGACGGUGCAAUCCGUCCUUGAUCGAGAGCUACGUGUGAUGGAGAUGAAACUUGGCGUGCGAUGGUCUGGUAAAGAAAAUGGAAGUCAUUCUUACGUUCGGGAUACGCCAGUCUGGUGUAAUAAUGGCAGCCCAGAAGACGUAUACGAAUGGCUUGGUACUAGCAACAUGAUUCCAGCGGCAUCGCAUUUGCUUGACUUAUUCGGCGUCGCCAAUUCUUCAAGGUCAAUUGCGAGCAUAUCUAGCAUGGCUGAUCUAUUGAACGAAUACGAAGGAGUCGAAAUACCACUGUGCAUGGCGCAGAACAAGCAGUUUGGUCAAUUAGAACUUGCGUGGAUCACUCAAUGCUCACCCAUCGAGAUAACGCAAGACAAGGAAAUUCUGGCAGAGGAGAAAUAUCGCGCUCGCCAGCUCUCAUCCCUUGGCCUAUUGAGAGUUCGUCAGGACUGCAAUGGCGUCCCUCGAAAGGUUGGACCCCACGUCCAUCUCAUGCAAGUCGGAUAUGUGGCAAUGAGGAGAAAAUCCACCCUCGCCAAAUCUGGGCUUCCAACGGCAGAACCAGAACAAUGGACGCCAACGGGUCACGUCAUCGGCUGGGAUCGACGAAACGGCAAACUUGUGUUUCUCUGGGUGGGUAAAGGCUACGGUGCCAUGAAAGCGGGAUUGGUGCAGCCGAAAGUUUCGUCAUGUCUUCCACAUGCUUGUGCAGAAGUGAGAAACCUGGUUGAACUCAAAAACUCGAUCGAAGGGAAAAGAUCACUUGAGACGGAUGUGAGUGCGCUUGGUUUGGAUGAGAUGUUCAAAAACACAACGGGCCUUUGGAUCGAUGUCGACCCCUGUUUUGACCUACAGACCUGA